AAUGUGGUGUUUUUUUAUCUCGAUGCGGUGGCCAUUGGCCUGCAGCAACGACAACAACAACUUAACAUCGUCUGGCCUUCUUUGCUGAAAACUGCACCGGGUGUUCAUCUUCGAUUCGGAAUCAAUACUUUUGCAAAACCAGUACCCAUAGAUACGUUCCAUCACCAACUACGAAACCCCGAUAGAACGGUACACCCAACACAUUUAAAUCCGCCCCUUCCUCAAUUGUCUUGUAUUCCCACUUUUUUUCCAUUCCAUUAAGUUAGCUCUACACAUCAGGAUUCAGCACCGUUUCAAUUUGUCUAGCAUAAUAUAAUGGGUCAAAUUCUUUCUCACCCAAAAACAGAAAAAUCUUCAGAAGAAGGUGGUGACCAGUUCGUCGCCUACGGCCUGUCUUGCAUGCAAGGCUGGCGUGUGUCCAUGGAAGACUCCCAUUCGAUCAUUUUGGAUAUCAAUACAUUACUAGAGAAGAACGCCAGUGAUAAACAGAAUGCAUUUUUUGGUGUCUACGAUGGUCAUGGUGGUGAAAAAGUUGCAAUCUUCACUGGUGAACGUUUACCAAAGAUUUUAGCCCAGAAUUCACUCUACCAGAGUGGUGACUACAUACAAGCGUUGAAAGACACCUUCUUGGCAACAGACGUUGCAAUUUUAAACGAUGAUGAGCUAUCGAAAGAUCCUUCUGGUUGUGCUGCAACAUCAACUUUGAUCACGCCUGACGCCAUCUUUUGUGCCAAUGCAGGUGAUUCCAGAUCUAUUCUGUCUAUUGACGGUUUGGUCAAGCCUUUGAGUUUUGACCACAAGCCAACUAAUGAAGGUGAGAAGAACAGAAUUGUUAAUGCCGGUGGUUUUGUGGACAUGGGUAGAGUCAAUGGUAACCUGGCAUUAUCAAGAGGUAUUGGUGACUUCGAAUUCAAAGAUUCCAAAAUCUUACCACCUGAAGAGCAAGCUGUUACUGCUUUACCAGAUGUCUUAGAACACAAACUAAACACUCUUUCUGAUGAAUUCAUAGUUUUGGCAUGUGAUGGUAUCUGGGACUGUUUAACCUCCCAACAAGUUGUGGAUUUUGUCAGAAGAUACGUCAAAGAAAACAAAACUUUGACCGAAAUAUGUGAGUUGAUGAUGAACACAUGUUUAGCACCAACUUCUGGAGGUUCAGGUAUUGGUUGUGAUAACAUGUCUGUAUGUAUAGUUGCAUUACUCCAUGAGAAGGAGAGUUUAGACCAAUGGUAUGCUAGAAUUUCAAACAAAAUUUCGGACGAAGAUUUGAAAAAGUUACCAACUGCGGACGAAUUGUCGAAUGAUUUGUACAAAGUUGACUUAGAAACAAAAUUGUCAGACACUAAGGAUGAGGAUUCGAUAAACGGCAAGAUUGGUGGAUUGAGAUCAACUACUAAAGAUGUUCAUGAUGACCACGACGAGGAUGAAGACGAUGACGAUGUUUUGAAAGGUGGUGCGCCAGCUUUCCUACAACAAUUACUGGCUGCAUCCUCUGCAUCCCGUAACAACAAUGUCAUUUAUUUGGACCCAUCUGCAACAUCGAUCUUACAAUCUUUAGGUGUGAUGGAAGAAGACGGUGAAGUCAAUUCGGAAAAUAAUGAUGCAGAUGACGACGCUAAAAUAAAGGAUAUUUCAGAGGAAACAACAGAGGAAAAUGGAGCCGAAGCAAAUUAGAGAUAACCAUUUAAAUUUUUGCCUAUUUUUUUUUCAUCUGAUCUUGUAAUUCAACGAGCGGCGUUGAUAAUGAAAUUGAUGUAUCUUUGUCCCCUUUUUUAUUUCCCCCCCACCUCUCUUCUCAGAUUAUUUCCAUCACGUUUUGCUUCUAUUCUAAUAUAUUCCUUCAAACAUUUGUGGAAGAAGAAUGAAAAUCAUACUCAAAAAUAAACUGAUUUCGUUUGGACCUUUUCUAAAUUCAGAGUGACAUGCAUCUUUGUUUUAAAUUUUUCCUUCUUUGUUGAUCUUUGCACAUAAUU